AUGCGACGAGAAUCCCGACAGGAAAGCGACGACAAUGGUGGCUGCAUGACUCAAAUGUACAUAUUCAAGCAUAGACUGGGGAUUGGAAUUGAUCGAAGUGCCAAAAGACAACAUAUACACCGAUCAGGUUACUCAGUUCCCAUUCUGCCCAAUCUCGCCGCUGAAGUCUUUGUUUUAACUCUAUUGGUGGGAAAUGGGGUACAGACCGUGUGGACGAACCCAGGACAUACAACCGUUGAUCCUUUUUUGGCGGUGCUUAUGUUCUGUACCUGCAGUGGUUCGUUUUCCUACACGGUGCAAUCUCUCCCCUAA